CAGGCAGCUAUAAUUAGCUGGCCCGGCUGUGUUGGACCGUAGCGGGGGAGUGAUCAGAGCUGCUCCGCUGCAGCGCACACUUCCGUGUUGUCUGCCACCGUAAAGCAGGAAGCACUGUAGUAAUGUGUAGGAGUCCUGCCCUUCUGCUGUUUACCUACAGAGUCGUCAUUCCGAUGCCAGGUGAAGUGAAACAGCAGGAGAAGCUACAUGGAGGCUAACUAACCCAGGACCAAUCCGUGCUCAGCGUACAGAGGAACUGCGGUACAUUAGCAGCAGAAUGCCAGCCGGAGUUUGCGGCUGCUGUGGGCCGCUGAGGCCGAGGUACAAACGCCUGGUGGACAACAUCUUCCCUGAGGACCCCAAAGAUGGCCUCAGUAAAUCUGACAUGGAGAAGCUGACCUUCUACGCCGUCUCGGCUCCGGAGAAGCUGGACAGGAUCGGAGCUUACCUGGCCGAGAGGCUGAGCAGAGAUGUGGUGCGCCACCGCUACGGCAACGUGGUGAUAGCCAUGGAGGCUCUGGACCAGCUGCUGAUGGCCUGUCACUCUCAGAGCAUCAAACCCUUCGUGGAGAGUUUCCUGCACAUGGUGGCCAAGCUGCUGGAGUCCAGAGAACCAGAUCUGCAGGUCCUGGGAACCAACUCGUUUGUGAAGUUUGCCAACAUUGAGGAGGACACGCCAUCCUACCAUCGCCGCUAUGACUUCUUUGUGUCCCAGUUCAGCGCCAUGUGCCACUCUACUCAUGAAGAUACUGAGACCAGAACCAGGAUCCGUGUGGCCGGGAUUAAAGGUCUGCAGGGCGUGGUGAGGAAGACAGUGAAUGAUGAGCUGCAGGCCAUCAUCUGGGAGCCUCAGCACAUGGACAAACUGAUCCCGUCCAUGCUGUUCAACAUGCAGGACAGCGAAGACCUGGACAGGGCGGGGCACCCCAGCACACCUUCAGGGGCAGGUCAGGAUGGCGAGGAAAACCCAGCAGCGCUGGCAGAGAGCUGCUUCAGGGAGCUGCUGGGCAGGGCAGCCUACGGCAACAUGAACAACGCUGUCCGACCUGUGUUGGUUCACCUGGACAACCACCACCUGUGGGACCCCAAUGAGUUUGCUGUUUCCUGCUUCAGAAUCAUCAUGUACUCCAUCCAGGCUCAGCACUCCCACCACGUCAUCCAGCAGGUUCUGAAUCACCUGGACACUCACAACAAGAACGCACCGCGGGUCAGAGCCGGCAUCGUCCAGGUCCUCCUGGAGACGGUGGCCAUCGCUGCCAAGGGCUCAGUGGGUCCCACAGUGCUGGAGGUGUUCAACACUCUGCUGAAACACCUGAGGAUGAGCGUGGACUUUGAGCUGGGCGAGACCUCGAGGAGAAACUCCAGCACCAGCGUUUCGUCCGGCCGCGGCAAAGAGAGCGAAGAGAGAAUUGUCCAGAACGCCAUCAUUCAGACCAUCGGCUUUUUCGGUGGAAACCUGCCAGACUACCAGCGAGCUGAAGUCAUGAUGUUCAUCAUGGGCAAAGUGCCAGUGUACGGGACCCCCUGCCACACCUUGGACACCGUCAAGAUUGGGCAUCAGGGUACCAAGCGGAUCCAGACCAUGCUGCUCAGCUCUCUCAUCAUGGUAACCUCUGGCUUUAAGUCCAAGUCCAUGGCAGCUGCGUUGCCUUCUCCCUUCCUGGAUCCGCUCUUCUCCAUCUCUCUGAUGGAGGACAGCGAGCUGAGGCAGCUGGUGCUGGAGAUCCUGCACAACAUCAUCGAUCGCCAUGACAACCGCGCCAAGCUACGUGGCAUCAGAAUCAUUCCUAAUGUUGCAGCAUUGAAGAUUAAAAGAGAGAAGAUUUCCAAGCAAGACGUUGCAUUCAUGAAGAAGCAUGGCCAGCAGCUCUACCGCCACAUCUAUCUGGGCUGUAAAGAGGAGGAUAACGUCCAUAAAAACUUUGAGCUGCUCUUCACGACCCUGGCCAUUCUGACAAUCGAGCUAGCCAACGAGGAAGUGGUCAUCGACCUAAUUCGGCACUCCAUCGCUCUGCAGGACAUGGCUCUGGCUAAUGAGGAGAACAUGCCGAUGUUUAUUCGUUGUGGCAUCAUGGCGCUGGUGGCAGCGUACCUCAACUUCCUGAGCCAGAUGAUCGCAAACCCUCCCUUCUGUCAGCACGUCAGCAAGGUUAUAGAGCUGAGGAACAUGGAUGCGCCGUACCUCCUCCCAGAGCACAUCUUCAGAGACAAGUGUCCACUCCCUGAAUCUUUGGACAAGGAGGACCGGCUGCUGUACUUCCAGACAGCCGACAUGGCAGAGUGUCUGGCAGGACCGGGAUACAACGCAGAGAGACUGUCCGUUCCAUACGUUCCCCAGGUCACAGAUGAAGACCGUCUGACCAGGAGGAAGAGUUUUGUGGACACAAUCUCCCUUCAAGUGGACAUCAUGUCUAACAGCCUUCCAGACAAGUCCCAGCUGGCUGAGGAGAUCACAUUCGAGACCCUGAAGAAGGCCAUCGAUACCACCGGUCUGGAGGAGCAGGAGAGGGAGAAAAGGCGUCAGGUGAUGGAGAAGUUUCAGAAAGCUCCGUUCGAGGAGAUUGCUGCCCACUGCGAGUCCAAGGCGAACAUGUUGCACGACAGGCUGGCACAAAUUUUCGAACUUACAAUUAGGCCUCCACCCAGCCCGUCCGGAGUGGUUUCCAUCUCAGCGGGACCCACCCAGCACCAGUCUGUCCCCGUCUACGAGAUGAAGUUUCCAGACCUGUGCGUCUACUGAUCACACCACACACACACACACCCCUCCACAAAAAUAGCUGAAACACAAAAUGCCAAAUUCCAAAUGCUGAGAAAGAACUACACAAUCAUAAUCUGCACUCCAGUUUCCUCCAUUCAGACCAGCACAAAGGUGUCAGGGAUGCUGUCAGAAACACAAAAUGCAGCAAAACAGCCAUUUUUAUUUUCAUAUAAAGAGGAGUUACCUAUCCAAAAAACGAAACUUCCUUAAUCUCACGUAAAACUCUAUCAGUUUCUAAUUUCCACUUUCCACUCAUUAUUAUUAAAACUUCUGCAGCAUGUUUUCCUGCUCUUUUUUUUAAAUACUUUGAUCCUUAAUUAAGCUUACAGUAGACCUGUAUUAAUCCCUCCAGCUCUAAAUGAACUGAUUUGCCGCACUUUGUUCCCUGACUCACAUCCCUGAAACUGAACUAAACGUAUGAGUCACCAAGAACAAAAAACAUGAACAUGAACAGCUUUCACUCUGAGAUUUCAGUGUGUAGAUGCUGAAUCUGAUGUUGCUUCCCAGCAUGACUCUGAUCCAGUCUAUCAUCUCUGGUCUAGCCAAAGCUUCACACCUUGUACAUAAGCUGUAGUCUAAAAUUAAACUCUUGUAGGAAAGGCUAAAACCAGUUUCAGACUUAAAAUUAGAGGCUGGUCUUAGCUGUAAUGCUCCUUCUUCAGUAACAAGUAUCUGUUCUCAUGUUGAUCAGUAGGCGUCAGUGCAGUCACAAAUUAGUAGAAAUGUACAAUAUAUUAGCUGUCAGCUAGACAAACUGAAAAAACUUCACUGGUAGUAGAAGGCAGAUUAGUUUUAGGCUCACUGCUGCACGGCUGUUACAACCUGUUCGGUCUAAUCAGUCUGCUUAAUCUUUGCUACUUUUAGGUAAAUAAGCAUCAGAAAUGACUUCAACAACCAGCUAAGUUUCAUGUCUGCUUGGCUCAAAAGACAAAGACAAAGCCAAAGAGAGUUUCGUUUUCAACACUGUUCAGUAGAAAUGGCUCGCUCAUGGUUGGUGACCGGUAAUGUUAUUUCUGUCAAAACACCUGUUUGGUCAAUGGUUUGACUUGCAUUUAAAUUUGAUUGCAAAGUUAGACUUACAGUUGACAUUGUAGAGCUACGAAGACAAAGAUUUCCCAUUUGGUAAAGAAAAUCUCACAGCAGUCGGUGUUCAUUUACCAGUUUUUUUUUCAAAAUGUUGCAUUUUCCCUCUGUGUUGGUAUUCAGUUUCAUAAACCAAAACCUGACAUUGUCUUAGCAUGAUGUCCUGCCUGUGGUGAAGUAGCUCUAAGAGACAUCUGGAGUCUUUAGCGGCCGUGACAUCAGAAGGUCUUCCUCAGAACUGAACAAGUCAACAACAAAAUGGUUGGUAGGGAGAGAUCGCAAAAAUGUGAAAAUAUAUUUGUAGGAAACAGUAAUCUGCAUCACCAGCCUGGACAGACUCAUUUUUAACUGUAAAUUUAAAAAAAAAAAUAUCCAAAAGAUUUGGAAUGAAACCUUCUGAAUUAAGAUCUUGUGGCAGAGGACUCUGAUAAAAUGUGACUAAUUGUUCAAAUGUCUUUAGAGCCAGCACGUCAUGAAAAUACAGAAUAAGCACAAAACUCUAACUGCAAUAUACUGAAACAUUUGAUCUCUUUAGGGAUGUGACCUGCAUUGAGGGACGAUUAAUUUUUGAUUGGGAAUAAUUUCAUGCACAUGUUCUGGCACUUUUCUGUACCUGUACUGUAGCUCAACAUAAUACAGCACUUAUUUACCUUGUGUUUAUGUUAGCCGAUUUCUUGUUGGAGGAAGAAAUCUAGCAAUUUAAGAGUUCAUAUUACUGUAAGUUCACUAACAAAAACCUAAAACUAUCUCAAUCGCACUUGUCGCCAUUUUUCUGUCGCUAUUUUCUAUGGAUAUAGUUAGGCAGCUAGCUAGCUAGCUGGCUACUGGGAAGAUGACGUCCCCAUACUUAACCCUGCAUACAAAGCUCUGAUUGGUUGAUUAUUUCUACAAAUAGCAGAAACCACCAUCAGUGGGCACUACGCCAGACCUUUUUCAAUUGCUGAAGAAAUCAGAGAUUUGGGCGGUGAUUCAGAGGUCGAAAACCAGAUUAAAGAUAUUCUGGUGUUGGCCAGAAUCAGUCCUCAUCUGCCCCCCUGGUGGAUAUACUUUAAAUCACCCAAGCACACACAAACACAGGCAACUAUGUAGACAGUGCCGUUCAUGUGACAGCCGCUUGUAAAUGCAUACGAGUUGUUAAAAUCGAGUGUAUAAGCGCUCUUAGUUUGUGACAUUGAAUGUACAUGUGAACUCUACAAACGGUAUCUCUCUGUGGAAUAAGAGUUUGUCCGGCACGAUGACUUUGUUCUGUACUCUCUGUGCACAGUUGGCACGUUGGCGAUGUGCAUCUCCAGUUCAACCAGCAGCUUUUAACUCCUCACAGCUUUUUUUUUUUUUUCACAGCUUCUAAAAAACCAAAACAUGUUUUGUUGCCAAAGACAGCAGUCGUUCCCCUCCUGUUUCCUGAAUUCAAAAUGUCUUAAUCUAAAAAAAAAAACUGGAUGUUAUCAGAGCCGGCGUCCUGUGAGCAGCCAUAUGGACAGUUUCAUUCCAAAAUAAGAGACCCGCAGCAGCUGACACCUCAUCAAAGUUAACCUCCCCACUGAAGGUAUUAAUAUCAAUACCAGCCUUCAGCCACUCGGAUACAAAGCCGUGACAUUUUGGAGGAUUUAAUCAUCUGUGCUUUUUCAACAGUUACCACAAGGCCACUUUUUGUUUCCAAAAAGGGUAAAGGAGGCGUUUUUGGAACGAUUCAUAUCUGGUGGAGCUGCAGCUGUGAUCUGUAAUAACAGAUGGUUAUCAGUAUUUCCUCUGAUCUGAGCUCAGUGUAGGAAGAAAAAUCCCUCCAGUUGGAGGCAGAUACCUGCUGCCAUCGUUUGGUCUGAGCCCAGCUGUGCAGAGCACAUCUGCGCUGCUGCUGUAUUCAAGGUUGAAGGUCAGUGUGAAAGGUCUCUUUCACUCAGAGAUGACUGGUUUGUUUGCAAGUGUAUCCUCAAAAGAUUCAGCUAUAUCAGUUGACUAGUUUGUGGAGGGGAAUUGUUUAGUCCGGUUCCUGUUGCACCUUUUCUCUGUUUAGAGUUGUACAGAAUGAGAUGAACGACGGAGAAACAAGAUGGAAAACUGAAUGAAAGAGACGAGGAAGAAAUAGUUGAGGUGUUUGUGUUCUGCUGAGCAGGAUGUGGCAGCUGUUUUAUACGUGACCGGGAAAGUUUCAGGUGGUUUUGUAUGUUAAAUGUUGUUGAGCGCAGGUUGUGUUCCCAAACAAGAAAGGAUGGCUAAGUGAGCUUUGUUUGAAAUCACCAACAUGAGCCUGCUGCAUUUGAACUUUGGCUGGUAAUUUGUCUUCUUCAGAAGCCAGUUUGACGGCUAAGCAGCUCCUGACCCCAUUUCGACCUGGUAUUGAUUCGAGGGUCAUGUGAUCAGUGGUAACAUUAGUGUAGCAAGCUUCUCCACUGGCUCUGAUUACCUACUUACAGUAUAAGUAAUGUUAGCCUAGUUAGCAAAGCCACCGAAAACCGAGACAAAACAAUCUUCGGUCAAGAUUAAUUUAGUAGCUUUUCUGGAGCGUUCGAUCGUAUCACCAGCAGAUGGAGUUUAACCAGCAGUCGUGGAAAUUUAGAUGUUAACGUAAAUGCAGACCUACGCAAAGAAGGGGGUUAUGGGUAACUGUCGGUCCCAGAGGCUUGCACAGGAGCAGAUGCACACACCUCCCAAGUCUUAACACGCAAGCUGAUUGGUUGGUUGAUAUGGGAACCUCUCAGACUGCCACCUGUGCACUCUGUAAUACGUGCAGCCCGGGGAAGCAUGUUUCAGCCGAGCCAGUUAAUCUCAACUCCAAUCCGGUCAAUCUGGCAGCGAAAAAUGUAAAAGUACCAAAAGAGUAUCCUACGAAUGCCUUCGGUUGUCUGUUUGUCACAUGACCCUUGCCUUACGUACCCUCAAGACCAUCCCACAACGCUUCCCUUCACCUGAGGCACACCAUGUUUGUUGACAUGUCUGCUAGCUUCGCCUUCCUAAUUUGAAUAUUGAGUUCUGAUUACAAUGUGGGUGUAAAUGCAAAGGCCCAUCAUCAGACAUUGUUACACAGAUUGCAGCUCAAUACCAGGUGUAAAUGGAGUCUUUGUUAAUGUCUUCUGCUCUGGAUGCGAUAUUCAGCUUGUAUCAUACUGCAAAUGGCUGCUGAUGUUUGGAAUAAAUCAGUCGGUAUGAGUAGUGGCUGAAAAGUUAGUUUACUGGUAGAGUUUGUACUCCAUUGUCAAAUGAAAGGACACAAUUCUGAGCAGAGUAGCCUCAAGGAAAUAAAAAUCCCUUUGAUAUUUUCCUCUGUAUAAAAAAAUAUCCUCCACUGAUACAUUAAACUGAUGCAUUAUCUUUUGUGUAUAUCUGUACUGUGUAACGUCUUAGCUUUAAAUGCAAACUCUUAUGAUUUAAUAUCAUAGAUCUACUUAAAAACAUGCAUUAUAUGAACUAACUGCAUGAAAUCUUAAUAUCACAUUGUCGACCCCUGCGGGGGCGCUGGGAGUAUAUGCUGAAACAAAAAAAUCCAUCUAAACAAGUCAUUUCAUCGACUGAAUCCUAAAGUCAGUUUUUUUCUCAAACUGAUGAAAAAUGAACCAGCACAGUGGAAACGUCACUGAUUUUUAGUUUGGAGAAAAGUACGAUUUUGACAGUAGAUGAAUUGUUUGCUUAGAUGCAGCUGGAAUACAUGAUCACUUCCUCUAUGAAUGUGUCAUUAUAGCAGUAUAGCAUAUAUUUUUGUACAUUUUAUGCAUCAUGUAUCGUUAAAUUGUUGCCUGGUAGAGAUUGGGAGAUUUAUUCUUGUCCAUCACAUUUAUCAAGAUGAAGACAAAUGCUGAUUUAUUUUUAUUUUUAAAUUUAGAUUUCUGUUUAUGAAGUCGACGGUUCAGGGUUUCAAUGGGAUUGUGCAGUUCUUAUCAGUGUGGGAGAAAUGGUCUCAUUUAUGAAAAUGUUACUUGAUUUUUUUUGUAUUAUUUUAGAAUCCAUUAUAUCAUUUCAAAAAAUGAAUUAAAAAUGUAUGAAUAUUAUAUCUAUAGUCAGAUGAUAUCAGUUAUUUUUGCAUACUGCAGAGAAGUAGAGUAAAUCAGUGCAAUCUGCUAAUUUUAGCAUCUAGAUAUCCCCCCAAGAAGUUGCAGCUUCGGCUCAGACUCGGUCAUCAGCCAAGUUUUGGAUAUAAAAUCCUCUCAGACUUUGAGGUCAUUUGCAAAAUGUCUUGCUUCGUCUGACACAUGAUAGAAAAAUAAAUAAAGGUUUUCAAACUGUGAGGCACCCACUCAUCAGCACGGUCGGCAGUGGCGCAGCUCGUUUACGACGUUACGACUGAUUGCUGCAAUUUGCGUCACAAAUCGUAGCGUUACUCUCUCAGAGACAAAAGUCAAAUCUGAACAAAGACAUAAUACACAUUUUUAGUUUCGGUGUGACUUGCACUUUCAGAGGAUAGCAUUAUCUCUGAUAGCGAAUAAACGUCCAUAAAACCGCUUAGAAAUCAUAGAAAAAGUUCCUUAUAACUGCAGAACUUGCCUGAGAAUCAAGUUUUCAUCAUUAUCAAAGUAAUCCAGUCACAGCUGUCUGUACAUGGACAGGAAGUGCUAAUAGCUAAUACAGCAUAUUUUUAAUGGUUCCAAUUUGACUAAAUGUAAACAAAUAUAGGCUUUUAAAAAAAAAAGGGGCUAACUCACUGAAUCCAUGGCAACAAUAGACUUCCUGUUUACCUGCCCCCAAGCAUUAUGGGAACUGUUUUUCCAAAACUGAGCAGGAUUAUCCCCCAAAAAGAAGUAAGACAAAGAAUAAUAAUAAUAAUGGCCAUUAGAAAAUCAUUUAAUACUAACUAUUUUCAUGUUGCACUAUCAGUAUGUUUGACAGGACAGUGAAAGGUUAGUCAGUAUUAAACUUGAUGUUUUGCUCAGAAAGAUUUUACAUAACGGGAAACAACAACUUAAUAAAAUGUCAUUCCCAUGUUGUAAGUUGUGUAAACAUGGUCCAUUAAACUGGCUGCAAUUUGAAUUUUCACAGCUUCACCCAUAAUUAGAUUAGCAUAGAAUGGAUAUGUGUGAGAUGAUGACAGAUGAGUUAGAUCUAGUUAAUGCACACAUUCUCUCUGCACCUGAAUCUGCCCUGAGCUGCAACUUCUUCUCAUUAGUCAAUGUGUGGCUGAUAAAUAAUGUUUAAAUUAGAGUGAAUGAUCUCAGAACAGUCUAAAGCUUAGCUGGAUGCAGAAAUCAAUCAGUCUGUGAAUGAGUCAACUCUGCUACUUUUGAUAAAUCAACAGUAAUCAUUUCAUUAGUGGCAGCAGAUGUAUUACCACAUAUUAAAAUACAAUGCUGAGCAAUUAAUAACCGUCACAAUGAAAUAUGACAUUGUGUUUGCACUUUGAUCACUGUGUACCCGGUACUACAGCAAAAAUGAAUCAGCACAGAUCAGUGUUCGGUACAAGCUGAUCAUCAGAGGUAUUUUUUCCCCAGUGUUCGGUUUGUGAAAUGUUGUAUUCAAGAAUAACUCUGUGUGAAACUGUAAAAAGUGGCCCUCUUGACUGGUGAUUGAAGUCAGUAUCAAGUCUUAGUAUCGUAUAAUUAAGACGAGAAGAACUCAGUAAAUGGGGUGAAAUAAUAUCACUACUGACCUGCCUUACUUCAGAAUGCUGGACAAAAAAAAAAAAAUUGACGUGAUAAACUUUUCUUCACUUUUCAAGAUGGACUUUUUUCAGUUUACCCACUGAAUUCUGCAGAAAAAUGAACAGAACAACAAAAAAAACUGAGUUUCUGAUGAUGUUUUCUUAAGUUUGUGAUGCAACAGUUUGUAUUCUUGUGCCAGUUUUAGAGAUAACAGGUGUCACGUCUGUGUUCAGCCUUCACAGUGACAGACUUUUCUGUUUCCAAACUGCUAAAGCUUGGCUUGGUUUCAAACACGAUGAUGAUUUUAACCACUAGACGGCGCUGAGGUUCUGCUCCCGCUGUUCAGGAAAUGGGUUUAAAUUUGACUUAAGAUCUGAACGGUUCCACAUGUGCAAAAGUCCUAAAUGUAUCAUUUUCCACAGUUUACAUACAAACUACUUUUAUAUUGUUUUGGUGAAAGACGUUUGACUUCCUUGGACCCUUCCUGCUUCGUUCAUUUCAUCCAUAAACAUGUUUAAUCAGAAACGACAAAGUCUGCAAAAUAGCUGAGACACAGUUUCACUAAUUUGUAGGUCGACUAUUUUCUUGGAUGAAACCACAUAAUCUUGUCAGCACCAAACAGUCUUUUCUCUGGGAAGUUGACUGUGGGGUCUGAAAACUAUUUUCAUUAUCAAUUAAUCUAUUGAUUUGAGCGUGAUCUUCUCAACCUCGGGAACAGUAUGUGUGACAGAAUAAUCUCAACUCAAAGGUCCAUUUACUAGAAUAUGUGAUGUGUUUGAAAGCUUUUGAGUUUAUUUUGUCACAAUCUGUCAUUUGAUUGUGUCAAUAAAAUGCCUGAAAGUAAUGAAAAAUCUCCAGCCUAACUUCCCAGAGUCCAAUGUGACGUUAUCAGAUGUUUUGUUUUUUUCCAACCAUCAGUCCAAAACCCAAAGAUGUUCAAUUUUCAAUGAUAUAAAACGGAGACAAGCAGCAAAUCCCCGCAUUCGAGAAGCUGGAACCAGAAAAUAUUUGACAUUUUUGCUUGAAAAAAAUACAAACAAAUGUAACAGAUGAUCAAAUUUUGUGGAUUAAUUUUCUGUACAUCAACUAAUUGACUAACCGACAGAUUCUUUCAGCCCUAAUGUGUUCAGAAAAUCCUUCAGUUUACUUUUAAAAUCUUUCAAAACUUAUUAGGAUAAACUUCUUAAAAGUUUUCAUCUGGUAACAGCAGACGUAGCUUUUUUUUUUCUUUUUUGACAAAUCUGUGGAACCAACAAAUCUGUACAUUAAAUCCAACCACAACGGCAGCAGAGCCUCCGGUUUAUUACAAAGUCUCUAUUUAAUGGUAAAUUGUGUGUUAAGAUUAAUGUACGAGACUAAAAUAAAACAUUUCUAUCAAUA